AUGUCAACUAAGGCUCCAAGCAAAGUUGUUUUUGUUGGUAACAUUCCAUAUGAUGUUUCAGAAGAACAGUUAAAGGAUAUUUUCCGGCAAAUUGGCCCUAUUCAUCGGUUUAGAUUAGUCUUUGAUAAGGAAACAAAUAAACCUAAGGGAUAUGGUUUUUGUGAAUAUCCAGAUAUUGCAACAGCUAGUGCAGCUGUCAGAAACCUGAAUAAUCAUGAUAUCAAUGGAAGGCAGUUGAGGGUUGACUUUGCGGAAUCGGAUCCAGCUCAAGAUAAUAAUCGUAGACAACAACAAGUGACACAACAUGAAGAAAUAUCGUCACAAACUAAGUCGGAUAUUUUGCCGAUGCUUCCACAAGGAACUGCACCUCCUCCGGGGGUAUCAGCUGUAGAUGCUAUUUCACGUACAUUGUCAACGCUUCCACCUUUACAGCUCUUGGACAUCAUUUCUCAGUUAAAAGCUCUUGUUCAUAUUAAUCCGGAACAAGCACAUGCACUCUUGUUACAGUCACCACAACUAUCAUAUGCUGUAUUUCAAGCAAUGCUUAUGAUGAAUCUUGUAGAGGCAAAUGUGCUUCACAAAGUAAUUGCAUCAACAGGUCAUCCUCAGGUUUCUCCUCCUGUUAAUACAGUAUCAUAUACUCAGCCACAGCAAAAUACGCAAGAUUUGCAAAGAGCAGCUAUUUAUGCUCAGGUUAUGUCUUUAACAGAUGCACAGAUAAAUACAUUGCCAUAUGACACAAGAAAUCAAAUAUUAUUAUUAAAACAACAAAUAGCAAUGGGUGUAGUAUAA